GCAGCCAGGUCUCGUAUAUAAGCGAGGCUGGAACUUGCUCUCACCACAUUACACAGCUUACCUCUUACCAACAAUGAAUAGCAUCAAAGCCGUGAUUGUGUGUUGCCUCGUGGUGGCCGUCUCUGCCGGUGUAGACCGAAGUACAGGUGGACGAGGAUCCAACAGAUUCCUUCCUGGAGGCUUGGGUGGCGUACAAGGAGGCGGUCUGUUCGGCGGCGGUAUUCAUGGUGGUGGAAUUCAUGGUGGCGGAAUCCAUGGUGGAAUCCACGGUGGUAGUGGGAUUAUCGGAACUGGAAUCUCCAAUGGCCCAAGCCAGUGUAGGUAUUGGUGCAAGACUCCGGAGGGUCAAGCCUACUGCUGCGAGACGGUGCAUGAACCAGAGACACCUGUUGGUACCAAGCCACUAGAUUGCCCACAAGUCCGUCCCACAUGUCCACGUUUCCAUGGGCCCCCCAAUACCUGUUCCAACGACUACAAGUGUGCUGGCCUCGAUAAGUGUUGUUUCGACAGGUGUUUGGGAGAACACGUGUGCAAACCUCCUUCCUUUUUCAAUAACCAUCUCCCAUUUUAAAUAUUCUUAUGUCUAAUGUAAUCAGCAGUUUUCUGUAUGAUAAUAAAACACGAAUUUGUAAUUUAUAAA